GUUGGUACGGCUGGCACCGCUGUCGGUAUCGAACAUAUUGAGGAGUUGCAUAAGCUCUCAGAUACCAAUAUACGCAAUUGGCUGGCAUCAAAACCUCAGUUUAACGGUACUGAUGUUGAGCUGGAAAUUGGAAAGCAAAUUCAACUCGUGACAGGUGACGGCAGAAAUGGAUACGCGCCAUCAGCUCCUUACGAUGCAAUCCACGUUGGCGCUGCGGCACCGACUCUUCCCCAAGCCUUGAUCGAUCAGUUAAAACCAGGUGGGAGAAUGAUAUGUCCAGUCGGACCUGAAGGUGGCCAACAGAACCUGGUCCAGGUUGACAAGGCCGCAAAUGGCAAGAUUACCCAGAAGGACCUCAUGGGUGUCAUGUACAUCCCGCUGACAGAUUACAAACAUCAGACGAGAUCGUGGCGGUAA